AUGACGUUGGGUGGUGCAUUUACCCUAACUUUGGUCAAAGAUAAAGCUUGUCAUAGUAAGAUUUGGGUUGAAAUUAGGUAUUUUCAGAUGAAAAUUAGGCUAGAAAUUUGCAUUUUUUGUCUGAAAUUUUAGCUUGUUCUCGUUAUUUCUUGUCUGGAAAUUUUCAGCCAAAAAAUCCGAAAUCAUAUUUAUUUUUUCCAGUGAAAACGCCGUGCCCAAGUUCAAAUGGUGGAUCCACCAAAUGUGUUGUGACAACUGUUGCUGUUUUGGCUGGUGGAGCUGCGUUGGCAGUUUAUGUGAGUUUUUUUGGGACUGGGAAAUUUUGCAGAGAAAUCAGGAAAAUUGGGCUUUUCUGAAGAAUUUUCUGGAAAUUUUCACUGUUUCAAAAAAUUUUGAAUUUGGUUCCUGUUUUUGAAAGUUGUUACUGUAGGUCGAAAUACUAAAAAUAUAUCAAAAAUCAAGAAAUUCCAGAAAAUUUCCCAUUUUUCAAAAAAUGUGUUCAAGAAAUCUCAGAAAAUUUCACUGUUUUAAAAUAAUUUCUCAAAAAAUCUGGAUUUGAGGGAAAUUGUUUGUAAUUUUAAAAGUUUUCAAAAAUUUUCUGAAAUUCGGAAAACCCUGGAAUUUUUGGAGCUUUUCUGAAGAAUUUCCUGAAAAAUUUUAUUUUCUUCAAAUUUUCACUGUUUCAAAAAAAUUAAAAACUUGGUUCACGUUUUUGAAAUUUGUUGACACAGGAAAACUGAUCAAAAAUCAAGAAACUGCAGAAAAUUUCAAAUUUCUCAAAAAAUCUGAAUUUGAUGGAAAUUGUUAGCUAUUUGAAUAUUUCUCUAAUUUUUUUCUGAAUUUCGGGAAAACCUUUUUGAAGCUUUUCUGAAGAAUUUUCUGAAAAAUUUUAUUUUCUUGAAAUUUUCACUGUUUCAAAAAAUUGGUUCUUGUUUUUUAAAUCUGUUAUACAUAUUGAUUAGAAGAUAUAAAAAAAUGAAAAUCAUCUGAAAUUCGCAGAAAAACUGAAUUUUUGGCACGGAAAUCAAGACAUUUUAGCGUUUUCUAGGAAAAAUUCGAAAAAAUCACAAUUUUUUUGGAGCUUUUCUGAAGAAUUUAUUCAUUCAAAAAUUUUCACUGUUUCAAAAAAUUUUGAAAUUUGUUGAGAAAAGUUCGGAAAUCAUCUGAAAUUCACAAAAAAAACAGAAAAUUUUCAAAAUUUCUACUGUUUCAAACCAAUUUCUCCUAGAAAAAUCGGCAUUUUUUACUGUUCCACAGUCAAUUCCUCCCCAAAAAAAAGCAAUAAUUUCUAGCUCGGCUACAAACUCGGUCAACGCAGUGCUCGCGUCAACAACAAAAUCAAUCUCUCCUCGCCAAAAGUCGCCGACGCAAUCGACAUCGAAGAUAUUGGCGAGAAAAAAGCGUUCUGCCGUUGCUGGAAAUCCGAAAAAUGGCCAUAUUGUGAUGGAGCACACGGAAAACACAACAAGGAAACUGGCGACAAUUUGGGACCAGUUAUCAUCAAGGGAAAACCUGCUGCAACUCCAGAAAAUAAGGAAUAA